UCUCUCUCUCCCUCUCUCUCUCUCUCUCUCUCUCUUUCUCACGCGGUGAUCUAAAGACUCUCCUUUUCUGUGUCUGAAAUCGCCGCACACCAAUUUAGAAUCCAUAAAGUCUCGUCGCGGGUCCACACGUUUUCUUUCGAUUGUGGAUUUGCUCGAUUCCCUUGAUCUUCGUCCUGUAAAACAUAGGAGUAAUAAUCUCCUCGGUGAACUCCACCCUCUGUUGUCUGUUCUAAUCUAGGGGUUCAAUCAUCAAUCCAUCUUAGAUUUCCCGUGCUGUUUCGGUUUGAUUUUGAUUCGGCGCUGAAUUAGGGUUUCAGUACUCACUCGAUUAUCGAUUCACUCGAUUCCUUUGAUCGUCCUUCUUCCUGAUAGCAUAAUCUGGGGUUUCAGUCAACAAUCCCUCCUUAGAUUCUCCCCUUUCAAGCCUUUAGAUUUUAAGGUCUUGAUCUCCCAUUAAAGCUAGCGUUUAGGGUUUCCCCGCCGUUUGAUUCGAUUCGGCACUGACAAUAGGGUUCACUCAUUAAUCCUUAGGUUUUGAUAGUUUUUUAUGAUCUAGGUUUUUUGGCGUUUCAUGGGGUUGUGCAAUUCCAUAUGGACGAUCUACUGUCCGAUUCUAUCCGAGGCUGAAAUUCUAAUUACGAAAGUCCUCGUAGUUGAAUUUCACGUCCCAUUGUUCUUUGUAUAGGCCCCCCCCUCCCCUCCCUCACCCCCCUCCCCCCGCCCCCCAAUUUGCUUUUAAUUGUAGGGUUUAUUGCCUAUUUUCUAUGAUGAAGAGUUCAGGGGGUUUAACCGUUGCUUCGCCAAAGCAGUACGGUGUCACAAAGCCGUUGUCUACCGCAGGGCCUACGGUCACGGAUUUACAGAGAUCUAGGGAAUUGGAGAGGUUUUUGGUUAAUGCUGGGCUGUAUGAAAGCAAGGAGGAAGCUGCCAAGAGAGAGGAGGUUCUUUGUCGCAUCAAGGAGGUUGUGAAAGAUUGGGUGAAGCAACUUACACGGUUGCGAGGCUACACCGAUCAGAUGGUGGAGGCUGCAAAUGCUGUUUUAUUCACUUUUGGCUCUUAUCGGCUCGGGGUACAUGGUCCCGGAGCUGACAUAGAUACCUUAUGUGUUGGGCCUUCCUAUGUGAAUCGCGAGGAAGAUUUCUUCUUUGGACUGCACAACAUUCUGGCUGAGAUGGAAGAAGUUACAGAGCUGCAACCAGUCCCAGAUGCUCAUGUGCCCGUUAUGAAACUUAAGUUUGAUGGAGUAUCAAUUGAUCUUCUUUAUGCAAGUAUUUCUCUGUUGGUUGUCCCAGAAGAUUUGGAUAUCUCAGACUUGUCUGUAUUGGACAAUGUUGACGAGCCAACAGUUCGGAGCCUCAAUGGCUGUAGGGUUGCAGACCAGAUUCUUAAGCUUGUACCAAAUGUUGAGCAUUUUCGCACAACGCUGCGGUGUUUGAAGUUUUGGGCAAAAAGGCGUGGUGUUUAUUCCAACGUGACUGGUUUUCUUGGCGGUGUGAACUGGGCUCUUCUUGUAGCUAGGGUGUGUCAGCUGUAUCCCAAUGCAAUUCCUAGUAUGCUGGUUCCCCGAUUUUUCAGGGUUUAUACGCUGUGGCGUUGGCCGAAUCCUGUGAUGCUUUGUGCUAUAGAAGAUGAACUUGGAUUUUCUGUAUGGGACCCUCGUAAAAAUCCUAAGGACCGAACUCAUCAUAUGCCAAUAAUAACACCUGCCUACCCUUGCAUGAAUUCUAGUUACAAUGUAUCCGUAAGUACUCUUCGGGUCAUGAUGGAGCAAUUCGAAUUUGGUAAGAAGAUCUGUGAGGAAAUAGAAGUGAAUAAAGCCCAGUGGAGUGCUCUGUUUGAACCAUACUUUUUCUUCGAGAGCUAUAAAAACUAUCUGCAAGUGGACAUAGGUGCUGUCGAUGCUGAUGAUUUGCUUGCUUGGAAAGGUUGGGUUGAAUCCCGUCUACGGCAGCUGACACUGAUGAUAGAGCGGGACACCUACGGGAAGUUGCAGUGCCAUCCAUAUCCACACGAGUAUGUUGACUAUACAAAACAGGGUUCGCAUUGUGCCUUUUUUAUGGGUUUGCAGAGGAAGCAAGGGGAGGUAGUCCAAGAAGGUCAACAAUUUGAUAUUCGUGGUACUGUUGAUGAAUUCAAGAAUUCAGUGAACAUGUACAUGUUUUGGAAACCUGGGAUGGAAAUCCACGUUUCCCAUCUCCUUAGAAAAAAGAUUCCUUUGUAUGUGCUUCCGGAAGGUUAUAGGCGAACUCGACCACAGAGGCUCACUAGUGAGCAACAUCAAGAAAAACUCUCUCCUGAGAAUAGUGAAAGACAUCUCAAGAGGAAAAGAGAUUCUGAUGCCAUACCAGUUAAGGGGGAAAGUCCAGAGAAACGGAAAUUCAUUUCCCCAGAGAGGCAGGAUUCAGUUUCUUCUGAAAUUGUCAGUGCAUCUAGGGACUCUUUGGCAUCGGCUAUUGUAGGACCAAAAUUGGAGAUAGAUAAUGAAGGUGGUGAAGAGGCCAGCAAGGGCCUUGUUAAAUCAGAACGAGAGAAAUCGUGUGGUGUAAAUGCUUUCAAGGCUGGAUGCUCUUCCAGUACAAGCAUUGUCACUAGCCUUGCUAGUGAGAUGUGCUCUUGUGAGAAGGAUUUUGGGCUUCAAUCAGUUCAUGGUAGUAGUGAGGGUAGCCCAACAAGUGUUGCAGGGAGUAAUAGCUCUGGAUCUUCCCAGGGAUCGUGUGAAGCAGAUUCGGAAGUGCGCCUUGAGAAUGGUUGUGACAACAAUGGCAGCGGCUUAUUUCAGGGUGGACUGCUGGAAGAGUUUGAGGUUUCGAAUUUAAGUUAUUUUUUCCCUCUACCUUCUGCAGUUUAUUAUUUGUUUUUUGUUCCAUGCGAUUCACCUUUUGAUUCUUCUUUACUUCUGAUUCAUACAUAAGGUUCGAAUUGUUGGCAUAUUAAAUUGAAUGAAGUUGUAUGAUCCUAACAACAAUGUUCAUAAUUAUUAAGCUCUGCAUGUUUAUGAAUUUUGACCUUCCAGUUUUCUAAUUGUUGGUUCCCUCUUUUUUUUUCAUGAAGCCAAAAGCGACACUUGGGAUGUUACUAAAAUCAAGGGUCGGAAUUGAUUCAGCAUCUGCGCCGGAGACGAUCACAAGGCAUGUGCUCUAAACUUCUGAACACUAGUUCACUUCAAACUAUUUUUGCAUCUCUUUUAUCUUUGUACUGCUUUCUUUGCUUUUGUUUUAUCUGCCCGUCUUUUUAGCAGGAUGAGUCUGACAUCUUCAGCAUGAAAUCGAGUUCUUUGCUCCAGAAACCAUGUCUGUUUGAGGAAAGGCAGAAAGCCAGCAGUUCGGGUAAGUAACAAUGUUCAUUGCUGGCUUUCAUUUCUUUCUUUUUUCCAGGCAUGCUCCUGUGUGUUCUAUCAGCUAAUCCGGAAACCAAGCGUCAGUGAAGAGCUCUCCGGGGUUUAAUUUCACUAAUGUACAGUUUUUAGUUGUCUUAACUUCUUGUGUGCUGGUCAAGUGGUGAGCUCCCGAUGCCCUCUUGGAAGAAGAUUAGGGUUAGGUUUUUGUUGUCUCCCUUAAAUGAACUCAUUUGUUUAUUAGGCAAAUUGGGGGAGUCCAACUUAGAAGGCAGGGUGUUGGUAGUAGGUUGUUGGGAGACUUUUUUUUUCUAUUUUUCGUGUAUCCGGCUCUUGUACACUAGCUACCGUGAAAUGACAUAUCUUAAAUCAA